AUCCCACCUGCAAGCGAAGUAAAAAAAAAAUAAACUUCAUCUUUGCGUAACAUUCCACAUUUGUUAAAAAGCGCAAAGCGGAAAUCUUGACCAUUACAGUGAAGAUUACUUUUUUGCAAGUGAAGCAACUGCUGCUACUUACCUCACCUCACGGAAGGAAACGAAGUUGACUCCCAAAAAGGAGAUACACGAUUUAAGAUAAGAGGAGCGCUAACUAAAAGAAAAAAUGGGAAAGGUACACGGAUCAUUAGCUCGAGCGGGAAAGGUCAAAAACCAAACGCCCAAGGUUCCCAAGGUGUCCAAGAGGAAAAAGUUGACUGGAAGGGCAAAGAAGAGACAACUAUAUAAUAGAAGAUUUUCGGACGGAACGGGAAGAAAGAAGGGACCCAAUUCGAAAUUGUAAACAUGGCUAGCAGUGCGUGUGGCGGUCGCUAGUCGUGUUUGUAAUUCGUCGGAGGGUUGUUGCCGUUUUGUUACCAUUAAGGAAAUUUUUUUUUUUUUUUUUUUUUCCCCACUGAAUGUGAAAGAAGUUGAGCUAAUUGGAGGAUAGCCUUUCCGCAAUGGAUAUAUAAACCAUUUGCUGGAAAAUUUAUCCUUUUUUUUUUUUAUUUUUCAUUCUUUUAACACAUUUUUGCAUUUCCGGAGAGGAGGCAGUUCGGAGUGGGCGUCCGAGGAGACGUCGCAAUGGACACCCGAAUAGAGAAACGAACUGAGGAAUGACACUUUAACAUAAUUUUUACGAAACGUAUCAUCCCCCACGUGAGCAAAAAAAAAGGGAAUGGUUGGAAUGGUUUGCCAUUUCGCGGUUAAGCUGUGAUGACACAUACUUUGGGUAAACAGAAAGGGAGGAAUGAUACAAAUGGGUGUAGCGAUUGCUGCCCAUUUGCCUGUUCGGGGAAGGGGACUUUUCCCUCAGUUUUGCAAUUUUUUUCUUUUCUCUUCCAUUUCGAGCAAAUUCUUGCGCUCGCGCUCCAUAGCUUGGUCGACUUCGCUGGUCCCGUUCGUUUCGUUCGCCUUGUUGUAAAAGUGCAACGCCAGGACGGCGGCAAGGAGGAUGUAAAAAUUGACCGAAAAGAAGGUGAUGUUUUUUUCAAAGGCUAGGAAGCUCCACAUGUCGCCAUGUUUUUCGUUUGCUUUGUUUUCCGUGUUGCGUUUCGUUUGGUGAGUUGCCUCUUGUUUGGGUGUCCCCCUUUCGUCGUCGUCAUUUCUGCGUGCAGAGUAGCAGCAGCGGCUAUGCGACGAGCCGCCAGCAAAAUAAGUGGACUUGAGGUGGGCAGCUUUGCUUAAAAAAAUGGUCGCUCCGGGGGGCUUUACUUUGGGCAUGCGCCUGAUGAUGAUCAUGUUUGUGUGUUGCGGUGCGGGGGCAUAGCGGGUCUCGUGGUUUCGCUUCUUCGUUAUUUCGCUUCUGCGAUUUGUGUGCAGC